AUGUUGCAUACCACUGUUGAUGAGUUUAUAUGCUUUCGCCUGAAAAAAGAAUGCAACCCGUCGUCGACCGUCAGGAAGAAACGGCAACGACCAGGCAAUUCCCAGACGGCGCGUCUAGAAGAGAAACUAGAUGGCCUUGUAUCUCUGCUCAAGACAAACGGCCAAUCUACUACUACUAAUAGCCCUUACUACGAUAGCGCUACUGCGAAUCUGCCGUCUGGCUGGCAUGCCCCAACCGCCAGCCGCAACCGCAAUGUAAUAGCUGCUACGGCAGAUGUACCGACAUCUUCGCCAUCUCUGUGUGAUAAUACACCUGGAAAGACGACGCAAAGUUUUACCCCCCUAACUCCGGCGUCUGCCUCCUCGGCCCGAUUUCCAUACUCUGUGCCUCGCGAUGCAGAGGUAUCGGCCCAGGAGGCCGAGCACUACCUCCACUUGUUCCGCACCCAGCAUCUGAGUAAUUUUCCGUUUUAUUACCUCCCAGAGACCAAGACAGCUGCCGAGUUGCGUCAGGAGAAGCCCUAUCUCUGGUUAUGCAUCAUGUCGGUCACGUCGACCAAUCUAGAACAGCAGUUGAGUCUGUCCCGUCUCGUACGAGAACUUGCGUCCCAAGAAAUCAUCAUAGAGGGAGAGCGGUCGAUCGACUUGUUGCUUGGCCUUCUCUGUAUUGUCGGUUGGGGUCACUAUCAAGUCCAGUUGGGGCCUUUGCUUACAGUAUUUACCCAUCUCUGCCUCGCGCUUACGAAUGACUUGGAGCUGCAAAGGAUGCCGCAGAGGGACAACAAGCACCCACGAUGUCCGCCGCCAAAUGUGCACUACAAAUUCCAGAUCCCCAGCACGCGGACUUUGGAGCAUCGUCGCACCAUCGUCGCGGUUUAUCUACUCACUUCGAGUAUGUCGACUUGUCACCAACGACUCGACUACCUCAUGUGGUCUCCGUAUCUGGACGAUUGCUUGAAGCACCUGAACGAGGCCAACGAAACCCCAAACGAUAAGCUGCUGGUUCAUUUGGUCAAAGUCCAGCAAGUGACCGAUCAAAGCGUGCAAAUAUAUUCACGGCUUCACGAUACAGACACAGAGGAGAGCACGCAGUUUCUCGGGCAGUAUAUAGUCUCCUUGAAACAGCAAUUGAAGAGUGUCCGAGAACAGACACCUUCACAUCUUGUGCCUAACCGUCCCGUAGACCUUGCCACGUAUUACAGCGAGGUAGCCAUCAACGAGCUCAUCUUGCUGCGGCUGCAGCAUGUUUCCCUCGCCCAGGAAACCGACAGCCGGACGAUGGAAGCACUCCUCGAUUGUGCCAGAUCAGUAAAAGCCUUCCUAGAAGCAUUCAUCUCAUCUUUCGAGCCCCUGGACUACAUGGGCAUGUCGUUUAAUAUCUGGAAACAAAUGAGCUCUUCCAUGUUCCUGGUUGGGCGCCUAAUAAGCCUCAGUGAUCCGGGCUGGGACGCCAAUUCAAUCAAGAGCAUUAUCUAUCUCCCCGAUAUCAUUGAGGGAUUCGCAUCCAAGAUGGUGACUUUGGUUGACAUGAUUGGAUGGAAAUCAGGCGGUAUAGAGAAUGUCUACAUGCGUUCGACAAAAAUGAUCUCGCUGACGAAAAGCUGGGCGCGUUCAAUCUACAACACCCCUGACCAAGCAACGUCGAACGAGGAAUCGCCCGCUACUCUUGCAGCUAUUUGGAAAGAGGAAGAACAGCGUCGAUGGCAGCAACAGCAGCAGCAACAACAGCAACAACAACAACAGCAGCAACUGCGGCAGCAACAGCAGCAGCAGUCACAACAGCAACAGACAGCGGCGGCGGUGGCAGAAGAACAAGAGGUAAUGACGACGGCACAUCCGAUGCAAAUGGCUGAUGGCCCGAUGCUUCCGGCUUUUGAUCAGGACAUUUGGUCAGAUGACAUGUUUGGGCUGUGGGAUAUUUAUUCGGGUAGAGGUGCAUUUGCAUUUACAGAGUAA